AUGGGCUCCCUUUAUUAUUCCUUCACGGUGCACAAGGAAGAAGUGAUACAAGAACCCACGCGUGCAGUCUCCCUGCUCCUGCCUGAGAAGUCCAUUGACCCUUCCCUGCCUCCCAGAAACAGGCAGUUUUUGGAGCCCACAAAGGCAGAGAGCAGGUGGCUGCUUAGAAGGCGGAGAUCGAUUCUGUUCCCAAAUGGAGUCAAAGUUUGCCCCAACGAAAGCGCUACGGAGGCGGUGGCCAACCACGUGAAGUAUUUUAAAGCCCGAGUGUGCCAGGAAGCCAUCUGGGAAGCCUUCAGGACGUUCUGGGAUCGACUUCCUGGGCGUGAGGAAUAUCGUUACUGGAUGGACUUGUGUGAGGAUGGAACCACAAGUGUAUUUGAAAUGGGCACACAGUUUAGUCAGUCUAUGGAACACAGAAGCUUAAUCAUGAAGAAGCUGGCUUACACAAAGGAGGCUGCAAGCAGCUCCUGCAAGGACCAUGCCUGUGGGCCUGAGUUGUCAUCCCCAGUUCCUGUUGGUGAUGCAUCAACAUUUACAGGUGCCGUUCCCAGUGCUUCCUAUCCAGGGGUGGCCUCAGAGAGUAGUGUGGUGUCGCCAGAGGAGAGCAUCAGCAAUGAAAUUGAGAAGGUGACAGAGGGGCCCACACAGCCUGCUGUGGAACAGAUAGCUGAAUUCAGCAUCCACCUUCUGGGGAAGCAAUACAGCGAAGAGCUGCGGGACCCCUCCAGCGCCCUCUACCGGCUCCUCGUUGAAGAGUUUAUUUCAGAGGUUGGAAACGCAUUCAGAGGGCUACCAGGAUACAAGGACAUGCGUGUUCUUGAAUUCAGGUCUCCUCAGGAAAAUGGCAGUGGGAUCGACGUUCUCUAUGCGGUUACCUUCAAUGGUGAGGCCAUCAGCAAUACCACCUGGGACCUCAUAAGCCUUCACUCCAACAAGGUGGAAAACCAUGGCCUUGUAGAGCUGGCCGAUAAGCCCACUGCUGUUUACACAAUUAGCAACUUCAGAGAGUACAUCGCUGAGACGCUCCACCAGAACUUUCUGAUGGGAAAUUCCUCUUUGAAUCCAGAUCCCAAGUCUCUCCAGCUUGUCAAUGUGAGAGGAGUUUUGCUCCCCCAGACAGAAGACAUAGCUUCUUGGAGCACCGAAAGUUCAAGUUUUCAGGUGCCAGCACCCUCUGCUCUGGAUAACACCCUUCAAGCUGAAUGGCUCUCAGCAGAUGAGUCCACCACCACCAGUAUCUCACCACUUGGUUUCAGCUCUGGUCCUCCCUCAGCCACUGGCAGGGAACUCCGGGAAGCAAGUGCUUUGGGUGAUUUGGGGUCUACACCUAAAUUAGCCUCUCCCUUGAAGGUGGUCCUCAGUUCUUCCCCAGAGGUUUCAGAGGGUAGCCACUUGACUCUUCAUUCUGUUACCCCAGCAGUGCUUGAGAUGGGCUUGCCUGUGGCUACUGAGGGAAGGACUUCUGGAUCUUCCAUAUUAGAAGAUGGAUUAGCCAAUACUGAAGAACCAGAAGAUGCUUCUAUGGAUGUAGUGCCUUCAAGCUCAUUAAUUAAACCUGUGCCAAAAGAAGCAGUACCACCUAUUGAAGACUCUGGCACGACUCUCUUAACACCUUCACCACAUCUGACCUCGUCUGUCAUAGAAGACCUUGUUAAAGACACAACUGCACCUUCUGGCUUGGACUCCUUGACUUCCAAAGUCGCAGACCGACUGGAUGUGAGCCCAUGGUUUCCAGACACCUCUGAAGAAAACGAGUUCAUUUCUGAAAGUGGUUUGGGCUCUGGGUCUGGGAAAAAUCUGGAUCUGAUUACUUGGCCACAGAGUGAGACUUCACCAGAGGAGACCACUGAAGCACUGUCAAAGUCGAGGCCUGAAGAUGAGUAUACACUCUUGCCAAGUGAAGGGCUAGAAAAAUUACAUAUAGAUGGCAGAGUAGAUUCCACAGAACAAGCUACUGAACCUUCAGAGCAUGGAGAUAGUGAUAAACCCACCAGUUUUGCAGAGGAAGAACCCCUUGGUGGAUUUACUCUACCCAUCUUGGUGGAGUCUGCAACUCAGGCCACAUCUCUGUCUUUUCCUAAGCACACAUCAGACGUACCAGACACUGAUUCUUACUCAGCUACCAAAGCAUCCUCUUUGCUGGCAGCUCUAACAACCUCUGCUUCCACUGAGCAAACAGAGGGAGUGAAUACCCUUCUAAAGGAAGAUAUGGUGCAAACAGAGUUAUCCAGUCAUGAAAGGCUUCAUGGUGAAAUUUCGGUGGUGAAACCAGAUAUGCAACCUGUGUGGACCACAUUGCCAGAAUCAGAUAUAGUUUGGACACGAACUUCUUCCUUAGGGAAAUUGUCCAGAGACACAUUGGCAAGUACUCAAGUGAGCACUGACAAGCUCUGGUUGGAAGCUUCCAUGACACAGUCAACUGAAUUGCCUCCAACAACCAGCUCCACCCAGCUAGAAGAUGAAGUAAUAAUGGGCGUACAGGACAUUUCAUUAGAACUAGAUCGGGUAGGCACAGAUUACUAUCAGCCUGAGCUAACACCAGAACAAAAUGGCAAGGUUGGUAGCUAUGUGGAAAUGUCUACAAAUGUUCGCUACACAGAGAUGCCUAUUGUGGCUCAGCCCACAAAAGGAGGUGACUUGAGGCACACCCUGACUGCAGGAACAUUGGUGGUGUUCUUUAGCCUCCGAGUGACAAACAUGAUGUUUUCAGAAGACUUGUUUAAUAAAAACUCUUUGGAAUAUAAAGCCCUGGAACAAAGGUUCUUAGAACUGUUGGUUCCCUAUCUUCAGUCGAAUCUGUCAGGGUUCCGGAACUUAGAAAUCCUGAACUUCAGAAAUGGCAGCAUCGUGGUGAACAGCCGAGUGAAGUUCACUGAGUCUGUCCCUCCAGAUGUCAACAAUGCCAUGUAUAUGAUUCUGGAAGAUUUUUGUACUACUGCUUACCAAACCAUGAACUUGGAUAUUGAUAAGUACUCCCUGGAUGUGGAAUCAGGCGAUGAUGCCAACCCUUGCAAGUUUCAAGCCUGUAACGAAUUUUCUGAGUGUUUGGUAAAUCCAUGGAGUGGAGAAGCAAAGUGCAAAUGCUACCCUGGGUACCUGAGUGUGGAUGAACUGCCCUGUCAAAGUCUUUGUGAUCUACAGCCUGACUUCUGCUUGAAUGAUGGAAAGUGUGACAUUAUGCCCGGGCAUGGGGCCAUUUGUAGAUGCCGGGUUGGUUCGAACUGGUGGUAUCGAGGCCAGCACUGUGAGGAGUUUGUGUCUGAGCCCUUUGUCAUAGGCAUCACUAUAGCCUCUGUGGUUAGCCUUCUCCUUGUGGUUUCUGCUGUCGUCUUCUUCACUGUGAAGACACUUCAGGCUCAUAAUAUCAGGAGAGAAAGGCAGAGGCCCAGCAGCAGCCAGCCUGACAGCCUGUCGUCUGUGGAGAAUGCUAUGAAGUACAACCCUGCAUACGAAAGCCACUUGGCUGGAUGUGAGCAGUAUGAGAGGCCCUAUAGCCAACGACCGUUCUAUAGCUCAGCUAGUGAAGAGGUGCUUGGGGGUCUGAGCAGAGAAGAAAUCAGACAGAUGUAUGAGAGCAGUGACCUUUCCAAAGAGGAAAUUCAAGAGAGAAUGAGGAUUUUGGAACUGUAUGCUAAUGAUCCUGAGUUUGCAGCGUUCGUGAGAGAGCAUCAAAUGUAA